UGCAUGAGAUGUUGCAUGUGGCUCGAGAGUGCUCAAACAGGGAAGCAGGUGGUCCCCUUUUUAACUUUCGGGGAACUCUGCCUCUUCACCACGAGUUGCGACAAUGUUACGAAAAAGAGACUCCUCGGCCAGCACUUCUAUCAAAGUUGUCAGACAAAUCCGUUGGAGACAAGAAAAGAAGUGAGAGAAAAAUGUCAAAAUCAUCACCUAAGUAUGAGGUUUUCCUGGGUGGGUCGUGUAACCCCACGACCUGGCGUCAAAAUGUAGCGAUCCCCAUGCUGAAGGAUCAGGGCAUCUCCUUCUAUAACCCACAAGUUUCUCACUGGGAAGAAGCACUUGUGGAGCUGGAGUAUCAGGCAAAACAGACUGCAUCAGUACUGUUUUUUGUGCUGGAUAGAGCAACUCGUAAUGUAGCAUCAAUGAUAGAAGCUGCUUUCAUGGCUGGCUGCCGUCGUAAGCUUGUGGUUGUCAUGGACUCUUAUACAGGUCCAGGGCAGCUGAUUGGGGGAGAAGCAAUCUCAGAGCUAGAGUACAGGGAACUUACCAAUGGCCUCCACACAGUGCAAGAUCUUGUGGAGAGGCAAGGAAUUCCAGUCUUUCCAGAGAUUAAUCAUGCUCUUAAUUGUACAGCUAAGAUUCUUCGAGAGAACCUUCGACCUGAAGACCUUGGUCUUGAAGAUCAAGUACAGCCAAUUAAGUAUCCAUAUCUUCAACUUGGAGACAAGCUGAUAAAACUUCAUGAUGCAUUUGUCAACACCAAUUCAGAGCAUAUAACACUAGCAGAGGCACGGGUAGCAUACAAAGUGGUCACAAAUAAGGAACUGACUAAUGAAGAACUCCAAGCAAUUGUUGCAGCUAAAAAAGGAAUGGAGAUACAGGAAUUGAAUGGUACAGAGCUCCCACUCAGUGAUGUUUUUCUUACUUUUGAUGAGUUCUGCUGUAUUGUAGCAGAGUUUAAGAAUCAGAGAUUAGAAAGCAGGAGACUCUGGGAUGUUUUUACACACUCGGUUGUGUCUCCAAUUCAGAAAGUGUUUGGUUGGGCGUUACCACGGCGACCACUGAGGCCAAUCAGCAGUACAGGAGAGCGUGAUGUGUACCUUGGAGGAUCUCUGGGAAACAGAGAGACAUGGCGUGAAGACAUUGCCAUUCCUAUGCUUUUGAAACAUGGGCUCUCCUUUUUCAAUCCUGCUGCCAGUGCUUGCUCAGGACGACUGCUGCCCAUGGAGGCUGCUCUCAUGGAAAACUCAAGGGUUCUCCUCUUUGUUAUCACUAAUACAACACUGGGUGUAUCUGCAAUGGCACUGGCGUCACAUUACAUUGGCCUUGGUUGCAAUGUUGUUUUAUGUAUACAGAUGUUAACAGCAGAUGCAACUAUCUGUGGAGAACAGUUAUCUCGAACUGCAGUAAAGGACUACAACCGAGGAAGAACAUAUCUCAUAGAUCAAGCUAACAAAGAAGGGAUUCUAAUCUUUAAAAACAUCCAGGAAGCUGUUGAAUGUGUUAUAAACAAAUGUCGUACAAGAUAGUCAAGCCGAGUUUUUAUGGUCUGUGAUCAGAGAAAAUUAGUGCAUAAAGAUACAAGUAAAACUUACAGGAAGAUUCGAGAGGCAUAUAAUGGCCGUCUGUAUGUUUUUAUGGAUGAUUGAAUGGGAAGCAUUCAUUUGCUGAAGCA